UUAUCUUUCAAUUUUGGCCACUUGGUUUUUAAUCAUAAGAACCCGGUCCGAGCUACCAGCUGACCAAACGACGGCGUACACGACAAUUUCCUCCCCGUUUCUCUUCGCCUUGAUCUACCUCCUUCGACUACCUCUCUUAAUUUUUCUUCUUCUGCAAUUCUUAAACCCCAAUCAAAGAUUGGGCAAACAAACUGAUCAGAUCGAUAAUCCCAACUGUAUUGCUGGAAAAGAAAAAAAAAAAGAAAAAUGGUUCUGAUUACGGUCGUACGGGAUUACAUAAAUCGAAUGUUACAUGACAUUUCCGGCAUGAAAGUUCUCAUCCUCGACUCUCAAACGGUUAGUGUCGUGAGUGUUGUAUAUUCACAAUCGGAGCUGCUUCAGAAAGAAGUAUUUUUGGUGGAACUUGUAGAUUCCAUUUCGAUGUCGAAAGAACCCAUGUCGCACCUGAAAGCUGUUUAUUUUCUCCGUCCAACAUCUGAGAAUGUUGUUCUUGUGAGACGUCAGCUGAAUCAUCCUCGGUUUGGAGAGUAUCACCUCUUUUUCUCGAAUAUGUUGAAAGACACUCAGCUGCACAAUUUAGCAGAUGCAGAUGAGCAUGAAAUAGUUCAACAAGUGCAGGAGUUCUAUGCAGACUUUGUUGCACUUGAUUCCCAUCACUUCUCCCUAAAUAUCCCAUCAAAUCAUAUGUAUAUGCUUCCAGCCGUGGUGGAUCCAUCAGGUUUACAGCACUUCUGUGACCAAGUUAUUGAUGGGAUUGCUGCCAUCUUCCUGGCUCUAAAACGUAGACCGGUUAUUCGUUAUUCACGGACAUCUGAUAUAGCUAAAAGGAUAGCACAAGAAGCACUGAAGCUGAUGUAUCAGCAGGAGAGUGGUCUUUUUGAUUUUCGACGUUCAGAGGUUUCUCCAUUGUUGCUUAUUCUUGAUAGGCGAGAUGACCCUGUGACUCCCCUUCUUAAUCAAUGGACAUAUCAGGCAAUGGUUCAUGAAUUGAUAGGUAUUCAAGACAAUACUGUAGAUCUCAGAAACAUUGGCAAGGCAUCAAAGGACCACAAGGAGGUUGUACUGUCUUCUGAGCAAGACCCCUUUUUCAAAUCCAACAUGCACGAGAAUUUUGGAGAUAUUGGGAUGAAUAUAAAAAAAUUGGUGGAUGAUUUCCAACAAAUUGCAAAAAGUAAUCAGAAUAUACAAACUAUAGAGGACAUGGCUAAAUUUGUUGACAACUACCCAGAAUACAGAAAAAUGCAUGGCAAUGUUUCCAAGCAUGUGACAUUGGUUACCGAAAUGAGUAGGAUUGUUGAAGAGCGGAAACUAAUGUUAGUCUCACAAACAGAACAAGAUUUAGCUUGCAAUGGUGGUCAAGGGGCAGCAUUUGAGGCUGUUACAAACCUGUUAAAUAAUGAAAAUGUCUCAGAUAUUGACCGACUGCGCUUAGUCAUGCUGUAUGCCUUGCGGUAUGAGAAAGAAAGUCCUGUCCAGCUGAUGCAAUUAUUCAAUAAAUUGGCAUCCCAUUCUCCAAAGUAUAAACCAGGGCUUGUGCAGUUCCUACUGAAGCAAGCUGGGGUUGAUAGGCGAACUGGGGAUCUUUAUGGGAACAGAGAUCUGCUCAAUUACGCUCUUAACAUGGCUCGUGGCCUCAAAGGAGUGGAGAAUGUGUACACUCAGCAUCAGCCCCUUCUAUCUCAAACGAUGGAGAGCAUAAUUAAAGGGCGUAUGAGAGAUGUGGACUACCCUUAUAUUGGAAAUCAUUUCCAACAAGCUAGGCCACAGGAUGUGAUCAUUUUCAUUGUGGGCGGGUCUACUUAUGAGGAGGCACGUGUGGUUUCCCUCCAAAACGCUACGAAUUCUGGAAUUCGUUUCAUCCUUGGUGGUUCUGCAAUCCUCAAUUCAAAGAGGUAUGUUUGGCUACAUUUAAAAUCCAAAUAUUUCCACUUCAAGGACUGCCUAAAUCAUCGCGACUGCUACAUAGGUUUCUGAGAGACCUUGAAGAAGCGCAAAGGAUCAUCAGGACAAGCACAAAUUUGAUAUGAAAUGUUGUGAUGCCUCACACGAGGGGAUGUAAAUUACCUGUAUGUAGGAUUUCUCCAUUCUUCAUCAACUGGUGAUUUUUCUUGAUCUGAAGCUUUGAUGAUUGAAGAUGGCAGUAGCCAACCAAUUUUGGCGACUUAGAAUUUUUUGAAUUAUGAAGAAAAAAAUACUGAGUUUGUUGUGGAAGAAAACGCUGCUACACAAAGAGGAAGAUUGGAGUAAUUUUUGUUGUCCUGUACAACGCUGCUUAUGUACUUAUUUGUAAUUGUACAACUAAUUGCUUCUUGUUUAUACAACAAAGUUUUUUUGAUGCAA